AUGAAGACCGGCCUGCACUCUCCGAUCUCCCCGGUCGCUGUCUUCGCGGCCAUCGCCCUGUGCCUUGCGCUGCUCCUGGUCCAGACCGACGCCUGGGGCAAGGAGGGCCACCAAAUCGUGGCCGACAUCGCCUACAACCAGCUCAAUUCGAAUGCUCAGCAGGCCGUGAACUACUACCUCAAUGGCAUGACUCUUGCCGCCGCGGCGCCUUUCCCCGAUGAGUACGAUCACACCAGCAACGGUCGCUGGAGCGGACCGCUGCACUACGUGAACCUGCCCCGCAACGCCGUCCAGUACACCAGCGCCGACUGCCCCUUCCCCCCGGGCUGCGUCGUCAGCGCCAUCCAGAACUACACCAAGCAACUCGCGUACGAGGGCACCUCCGGCAGCGUGUGCACCUUCAACUACGGUGACAUGCCCUGCCCGCUCGUCUUCAUCACCCACUUCGUCGGUGACGUCCACCAGCCCCUCCACGUUGGCUAUGGUGACGAUGAGGGCGGCAACACCGUCAAGAUCGACUUCCUCGGCAAGCGCGGCAACCUCCACCAGGUGUGGGACGAGUUCAUCAUCCAGAAGUACGACUCGGACUGGCAGGAUUUCUCGAGCAAGCUCCAGACCUACAUCCAGAACAACCCGAGCGUCGCCGCUCAGUACGCCGCGAUCACCGAUCCCGCCAAGUGGGCCAACGAGUCCUUCCAGUACGUGAGGACCGACGUCUACAACUUCAACCCCACCAGCGAUUCGCGCGUGACCGAUCUGGGCGAGUCGUACUACACCCACAACCUGCCCAUCAUCCAGCAGAGGCUCGUCGCCGCUGGCGUGCGUCUCGGCGCCCUCCUCAACAGCAUCUUCUCCUCGUCCAGGAUCGCGAAGCCCCACGUGCCCGUCGCUCCCCAGAACAAGAUGAUCAUCCGCCAAUAA